GGCAGGCAGCAACCAUUGGGUUGGAUUAGUUCUUCAAUUCUCUAGAUGACGACAUUGAAGUCCCCUGAAAAUGUGCAGGCACUAGUUAGCAGUUCAAUAAAACUACACACUAGAGACUAGAAUUGCUAAACUACUUCUGGAGACAUUCCUGUGCGAUCUUCUAGGUGGAAAAUAACUUCAAUAUCUGGCACCGGGGUAGUUUAAUGUCAUGGUGAUGGACAACAAUACAUCAGUGUAUAAGAAUCUCAGCAUUUCUCCUUUCAAUGGGAGGGGUGUAAUCGCAAUUUUAUUUUAUCCUGUAUAACUCCCCCUUCUUUCUUUUCGUCUCUAAUCCCUCACGUUGAGAAAAUGGAGACCGGUAUCAGAGCACCAUACCCGAGCUCGAACUUGCUUCCAUUUCCGUCAUCAUAUCAUGAUAGCAGCAUACCGCUGGGCUUGAUAUACGAAUUGGACAGCUACAGAGCUCCCCAGGAUAUCGCCAUGACCUCAGUAGUAUCUUAUGGGGGUAAUCGAUCGCCCCCUCCUCUCUGGUCAAGCGCCUCGUCGGCCGUCCCCUCCCCCGACCUGGAUUCCGUUUUCUCCCACUCGCAAGAAGGAGAUUUGGAGGAGACUUCGAUCCAACAGAUAGUUCACAAUAAUUUCAAAGAUGUCAAACGGCGUCUGCAGAACCGAGAGGCGCAGCGUCGAUUCCGACAGCGUAAGGAACAACGGCAACAAAACCUCCAACAGAAGAUACAGGAUCUCCAGGUGGGAUACCGGAGCUUAUCAGAACAGAGUGCCAAGCACAGUGACCAUGUGAAGCAGUUACUCGAAGAAAACAGUGGGCUGAAGUGUGAGGUCAAGAAUCUGCGCCGGCGGUGGCGGAUGAUGAUGACUCUCCUGCAACAACCUCCGAAUUCCCCAUCUUUGUCCACUCGCUUUGUGGAACAAGGGUACUUGGACAGUGUGUUGCGCCAGCUGGAGGAACUUACCGAUGACGACCCCCACAACUCCUCUUGUUAGUGGCCUUUCUUUGCUUUCCUCUUAUCUCUUCGAUGACGCCUCUUUUUUCCCUUUUAAUGAAAAUGUUCCACCGCGUCUGUCCUAUGUUUUACAUCUUCCAGCUUGUCUCGAGGGCUACCGUUGUUAGGGGUGGAAAAUUGAACCCAGGACAGGUCACUUUUCACCAAUAAUAAUAGACCAUGUCACAGACCUCCGCCGGAGAGUUCGAAAGCUGCAGUUGGCCCUUUCCGUUUUACUAAUAUGUACAUAAUCCUGACG